AUGGACUUCAGCAUUCAAGGACUUGUGCAGCAGCACUCAUCGCAGAUGGAUUACGCAUUCCGCAACCUGGUCGACGCCAUUCUUAGGUACAGCGAGCUAAAGAUCUCCCUGAUCAGAAUCAGCAAUGUGACCGAAGACUCCUUCCACGUCUCCCUCGAAGCCCGCGUAACCAAGACCGGGCCCGCCAGCGCCACCUUAACCCCCAUGACGAUCGACCUCUGCGCCGGGUCCUCACAUGCAGCGACAUGUUUCGGCCGCGUGACGCUCCCGCAGAUCACCACGCAGCCCAACGGCGCCCCCAUCGUCGUCAGCAACCAGCUCGUGCGCAUCACCGACGCCGCCGCGCUGCAGGCCUUUAUCCGCCCCGUCAUCGGGUCCAAUAUGGCUACACUAAUCUUAAGAAACGGCAACACCACCGUGCGCGCGCUCGGCGUCGGCCCCAGGGCUAUUUGUUAUGAGAAGGACAUCACUUUCGCCGGCAUGGGCGGGCCGGACGUGUGCGUGCAGAGCGCUUCUACUCCAGCUCUGGUGCCUUCGUCUGCAUCUCAGGCUGCUCUGGGGGGACUUAGCGCCAGCGCGACGACAAACUCACUUACAAACCCGACACCGACGCAGGGCUCGCUCCCAUGGUGCGGCACCACCGCCUCGCUGCUGACGGGCUCGACGCCCUCAGCCAACGCUAUCUGCAUCACGAUCCACGUCACGAACCCGUCGCCCGUCGAGAUCAGCUUCGGCACGUGCGGGUUUGAGAUCCAGAGCGAGCGCGGAGAUGUCUUCGCAGAGCUCAAGGGCCGCCUCGAUAUCCGCCGCAACCACUUCGAGGCCACCUUCCAGGGGACCGUGGUCGACAGGCGGGCUGUGGCGCCUAUUCCAGUUCAGGGGAACGGGAGAAGAGGAGGUGAGAAAGCGAGGAAUAAUGGUGUGGCAAAACUGGUGGGCAAGAGGUGCGUCGGCGCCGGCUGGUGCGAUGAGACCGUCAAAGGGAUCAACGUGCCGAUUGGCGAUAUGUGGAAGGUGUUUAAGGCGCUUGGGAUGACGGGGGGGGAGGUCGAGGUGGGGACUGAAGAAGAGGACAACAAGGCGGAGAAGAGCGCGCCGGAGAGGUUUGGGAGGUGGAGGAGCAAGUUGUUCAAGCGAUAG